UACAUUAAAUAAAGUUGUUAAUCUGUCUUUCUUAUUACAGUUUCCGCAUAUUAUAAACUUAAAUGUUGGAGGAUUUAUAUUCACAACGAGACUGGCUACUAUACGGAAAUACCCAGACACUAUGCUCGGAGCCAUGUUCAGUGGACGAUAUCCUAUUCAGAAGGAUAAAGAUGGCAAUUACUUCAUAGACCGCGAUGGAACACAUUUUCGUCAUCUUCUAAAUUUCCUUCGGGAUGAACGCUGUUUACCACCCACUGACGUUGCACCGGAAGUGAUGAAAGAAGCCAUGUUUUUCGGGAUCGGUCAGCUAGAAAAACGAAUGAAACUUUACAAAAGUUUGUUUCCCGACUUUGUUAUGUGGGAAUCAGUGAGAAGAAAUAUAGAAGAUUAUUAUAAAAUAAAGGAACAUAUGAUAGCCAUAGCAUGUCAAGUACAUCUGGAAAAGGGGAAAAUUCCGCCUGGAUUAGUUCUUAUGGAAAUAGUUAUCGAAGAAGACGUGACGUUUCAAGACUAUGAACGCCAGUACAAGAGAACGGAACAGCGGAACCAAUUAAUUCAUAAGCACUUUGUAACAGUGCGAGCAAAAACAUACGAUCACGCCUUAAAUGUGCGCAGCUGUUUCCAUCAUGACUUAUCUAAAGAUGGAUAUAAGUUCGUUAUAACUUCGCUCCAUCCGUCCUAUCUUGAUCCAGACACUGAACAAUACACACAUCGUCCAUUAAUGAUAUUUAAUGUAUUGAACCUUUUAUUUAAAUUUGAAUGGUAGUUUUUUUUGUCAAAUAGUUUUAUAUUGUUAUCAAUGUUUUACUGUGUGUUGUCUGUGAUCUUAAUGUGUACAUAACGUAACAUCAAUCACACAGUUUUGUCAUUUGUUACUUCUCUGUGUUUUUUGUCGAAAGUUGAAUAGUUGUGGAUAAAUCAACAUGUUACAUAAUUAUGCUAAUAUAUAUGUGUAAACUAACAAAAAAUUGUAUGUUUUGAUACAUUAUCAACUAC